GCCCAGCACAUGACCAGCUGUUACUGGGGGUCCAGUAGUUCUGCUGCGGAGCGGCACGACCCGAGCCUGCCCUACCUGGAGCAGUACCGGAUCGACCCGGCCCAGUUCCUGCAGCUGUUCUCGGCGCUGGCGCCCUGGCUCUGUGGAGGCCACACCCCCUCUCUGGCUGCCAGACUCUUCAGACUACUGGACCAGAACCAGGACGGGCUGGUCAACUUCAAGGAGUUCAUCACCGGGCUCAGUGGGAUGUGUCAUGGAGACAUGACGGAGAAACUCAAACUGCUGUACAAACUGCACCUUCCCCCAGGUGAGGGGAAUCUGGGAGGCAUUUCUCAGGAGGAUGGUUGUGUCAUCAGCCAGUUGACUAAGGGUACUUCUUUCAGCCACUGCUGA